GUUUCCCGCAGACCCGGAAACGGAGCUAAGGACACCCUCCCGUGGGUCAGUGUCAGCUUUUCUGAUUCAACACUGGUGUUUGCGAUACACCUGCCCGUCCCCGGCCUCCGAUCCGCAACACCCGCAGUUCGGGGGUCACCACGUACGAUAAAACCCCCUUCAGGCGCUUGUGCUGCGCCCGAUGAUUCUCGGCAGGACCGUCAGAUAUUCCAGGCCUGGGAGCCCCACUGCGGGUUCGGGGGUCGACGACUAUUUCGAGUUAAAGUCUCUGAGGCGCGUCCCCGCCCCCGGCCGUCCGCCUUCGGUCCAGGAACGGUUGACCUUCAGGGAUGUGGCCAUAGAAUUCUCUCAGGAGGAAUGGGUGUGCCUGGACCCUUCUCAGAGGGCCUUGUACAGGGACGUGAUGUUGGAGAACUACAGGAACCUGGUCUCCCUGGGCAAGGAAAACGUCCCUCCAGAAGUCGGGAUCUGCCCCAAUAGCUCUGCUACAUUCGUGAUCAAGGAAUUAUUACCAAAGAAAGACCUUAAUAAUGGAGAAUUAUACCAGUCAGUGCUCUUGGGAAGACCUGAAAGCCAUGGCCUUGAGGAUUUUGACUUCAGGGAAGUCUGGGGAAAUACGUAUGAAUUUGAGAGCAAGUGCGAAUAUGAAGAAAGAAAUUCAAAAGGAAUGCUUGUGACAGAUAACUUAAAUCUCAGUGGUCGAAGAGAUAAACAAGACAGCAAAUCCUGGAUUAAUUUACCUUUAAAGCACAGUGUUUCUUUAAGAAAAAGUACAUAUCAAUAUUUUAAACAAGGGAAAUCAUUAAUAAAGAAUUUGUUAAAAAUAAAAACCAAUAUAAUCUAUGCAGGAAACAAGUAUACAAAAUGUUUUGAAAAUAGAAUUGCAUUAAGCUCCCAGUCGCAUCUGGCUGAAUUAUUUCAAACUGAGGAGAAAAUUAGUGGAUGUAAUCAAGUUGAGAAGUCUGUCAAAACUUGUUCCAUUUUGCCGCUUCAGAGAUUGCCUUCUAGUGUCAAAACCAACAUUUGUAAUAAAUAUGGAAAGGUUUUUAUGUGUCCUUCAUUGCUUACACAGCACCAGAAAACAAAAGUUAGAGAAAAACCAUACAAAUGUAACGAAUGUGGAAAGACUUUUAGCCAUCAUUCAGUCCUUACUAGUCAUCAGAGAAUUCAUUCUGAGCAGAGACCAUACAAAUGUAAUGAGUGUGGUAAAGCCUUUAAGCAGUUCUCAAACCUCACAAGACAUCAGAGAAUCCAUACUGGAGAGAAACCAUAUAAAUGUAAUAUAUGUGACAAGGUCUUUAAUCAAAAUUCCCACCUUACAAACCAUUGGAGAAUUCAUACUGGAGAAAAACCACACAAAUGUCACGAAUGUGGUAAGGCUUUUAUCAAGUGUUCAGAUCUCUGGCGUCAUGAGAGAAUUCAUACAGGAGAGAAACCUUACAAAUGUAAUGAAUGUGGUAAGGGUUUUACCAAACGUUCAUAUCUUUGGGAUCACAAGAGAAUUCAUACUGGAGAGAAACCAUACAAAUGUACUGAAUGUGGCAAGGUUUUUAGGCAGUGGUCUACCCUCAGGAUUCAUCGAAGAAUCCAUACUGGCGAGAAACCUUAUAAAUGUAAUGAGUGUGGCAAGGCUUUUAAGCAAUGCUCACACCUCACUAAGCAUCAGAAUGUACAUCCUGGAGAGAAGCCACACAAAUGUACUGUGUGUGCCAAGGCUUUUAUCCACAUUUCAAGUCUUGUGAAACAUCAGAAAAUUCAUUCUGGAGAAAAACCAUACAAAUGUAAUGAAUGUGGUAAGGCUUUUAUCCAAAGUUCAAGUCUUGUGGAUCAUCAGAGAAUUCAUACUGGUGAGAAACCUCACAAAUGUAAUGAAUGUGGCAAAGCCUUUACUGUGCGUUCAAGCCUAACUAAACAUAAAAAAAACCAUACUGGUGAGAAACCUUAUAAAUGUGAUGAAUGUGACAAAGCAUAUACACAGCUUGUACACCUUACUAGACAUCAGAAAAUACAUACUGAAAAGAAACAUGAUGAAUCAGGUAUACAUGGUAAUGCUUUUAUUCAAAGCUCAAGCCUGGGGGAUCAUCAGAGAAUUCAUGGAAGAGAGAAACCUUAUAAAUGUAAUGAGUGUGGCAAAUCUUUUAACUGGUGUUCACGCCUUACUCGACAUCAAAGAAUCCAUACUGGAGAGAAACCAUAUAAAUGUAAUGUGUGUGGCAAGGCUUUUAGUCAAAAUUCAAACCUUACAAUUCAUCAGAGAAUUCAUACUGGAGAGAAACCUUACAAAUGUAAUGAAUGUGACAAAGCCUUUAAGCAGUAUUCAAGCCUCAUAAGACAUCAGAAUAUACAUCCUGGAGAGAAACCACACAAAUGUAUUGUGUGUGGGAAGGCUUUUAUCAAACGUUCGCACCUCUGGGGUCAUGAGAGAAUGCAUACUGGAGAGAAACCAUACAAAUGUAUUGAAUGUGGCAAGGCCUUUAGACAAUGGUCUGACCUCAGGAUUCACCAAAGAAUUCAUACUGAAGAGGAACCUUAGAAAUGUAAUGAAUGGUGGGGUGCUUGGGUGGCUCAGUCAGUUAAGUGACCGACUUCAGCUCAGGUCAUGAUCUUGUGGUUCAUGAGUUUGAGCCCUGCAUUGGGCUCCAUGCUGG